UUCCUCAGACCUGGAGUCAGUUCGGCUGCUGGAGUGACCGCUGCACAUCAACACCUUCAUGCUAUACUGUCCCUGUAACGAUAACGACACUGACGUCCGAAAAAAAUAAAAUGCCUUUACCUGUGCAAGUGUUUAACUUUCAGGGCUCUGUGGAGCCCAUGCAGAUUGAUGCAGACCCCCAGGAAGACCAGCAGAACGCUCCUGACACCAACUACAUCGUGGAGAACCCAACACUGGACCUGGAGCAGUAUGCGACCAGCUACAGCGGAUUAAUGCGCAUUGAAAGGCUUCAGUUCAUUGCCGAGCAUUGCCCUCAGCUCCGAGUGGAAGCCUUGAAGAUGGCUCUCACCUUCGUCCAGAGGACCUUCAAUGUGGAUACUUACGAAGAGAUCCACCGCAAACUCACUGAGGCUACACGGGAAGUACAGGGUGUACCAGACACAGUGCCUGAAGGUGGUGUUGCUCCCCCUCCCUUGGACUCAGCGUGGGCAGAGUCCACCAGGAAAAAGGCUCUGCUCAAACUGGAGAAACUGGACACUGAUCUGAAGAACUACAAGGGAAACUCCAUCAAAGAGAGCAUCAGGAGAGGCCACGAUGACUUAGGAGACCAUUACCUGGACUGUGGUGACCUCAGUAACGCCCUCAAGUGCUACUCCCGAGCCAGAGACUACUGCACCAGUGCAAAGCAUGUCAUCAACAUGUGUCUGAAUGUCAUCAAGGUUAGUGUUUACCUCCAGAACUGGUCCCAUGUACUGAGCUACGUCAACAAGGCAGAAUCCACGCCAGAGAUAGCAGAGCAAAGAGGAGAGCGAGAUAGCCAAAACCAAGCAGUCCUCACCAAAUUAAAGUGUGCUGCAGGCCUGGCAGAGUUGGCCUCCCGGAAAUACAAACCAGCUGCCAAGUGCUUCCUGCAGGCGUCCUUUGACCACUGUGACUGUCCAGAGCUUCUGUCACCCAGUAACGUAGCCGUGUACGGGGGCUUGUGUGCUUUGGCCACGUUCGACAGGCAGGAGCUCCAACGUAACGUCAUCUCCAGCAGCUCCUUUAAGUUAUUUCUAGAGUUGGAGCCUCAGAUCCGUGACAUCAUCUUCAAGUUCUACGAGUCCAAGUACGCGUCCUGUCUCAAGCUGCUGGAUGAAAUGAAGGAUAACCUGCUGUUGGACAUGUAUCUGGCCCCGCAUGUCAAGACACUGUACAGCCAGAUCAGGAACAGAGCCCUCAUUCAGUAUUUCAGCCCUUACGUGUCAGCGGACAUGACUAAGAUGGCUCAGGCCUUCAACACCACAGUAGCGGCUCUGGAAGACGAGCUGACCCAGCUCAUACUAGAGGGGCUCAUCAACGCCCGGAUCGACUCCCAUAGCAAGAUCCUCUACGCGAGGGACGUGGACCAGAGGAGCACCACGUUUGAGAAGUCGCUCCACAUGGGCAAAGAGUUCCAGAGACGAGCCAAAGCCAUGAUCCUCCGAGCUGCUGUGCUGCGCAACCAGAUCCAUGUCAAGUCUCCACCCAGAGAAGGCAGCCAGGGUGAGCUGACACCAGCCAACAGCCAGACCAGGAUGAGCACCAACAUGUGAGGAGGAAGUCCUCUUCUCAGUCUGCACCUUGACCCUGCUCCUGCUGACAACCAACCGACCAGAGGGGGACGAAUCACCUGUGCAUCAACACCAACCACAACCACCUACUGUUUCUCACUGAAGACAGAAAACAACACAAUGUAAAGACUCUUAUGUUCUCAAAGGAUCUCUGUUAUCCCUGAUGAUACAGGGAAUACAACCUUUUGUUAGUCUGAAGAUGUUGGAGAUUUGGACAAGAUGGAAAUGUUUUUGUUUGUUUUGGUUUUUUUUUGGAUGACAAUUCAGCACUUCAGCUGUAAGUUACUGGUAGGAGAUGCACUUUGUUCUGCUCACAUGAUGGAAGCCUCAUUAACAGAAACAAGGUUUUAAAAAAAUAAAAACGCCUACCCGAAACAUA